AUGCUUCACUUGGGUGAAUCCCAUGUAAUCUUUGAGGCGGGGAACGCACUGUCUGAUAUUUUCUACGAUGAUUUUCACAAAAAAAUUGUGAUAGUUCGUGGUAAAGAUGUCGUAGAAGUAAAAGUUUAUGGACUGGAAUCAGACGAAGUUCUAACAUUUCAACUGAAAAAAACGAGCAAAAUUCGGAUUAUCAAAUUUUCUCCUGAUAAACACUGUAUUUCUGUGCAGUCUGAUGAAUCUGUUGUUGAUUUUGUGAAUUUCGCUACUUGUGAAGAAGGCAUAUUAUCCGUCUCUUUCUCGCAACGAACAAAAAAUCGCUCAGCACGUGUUAUUGGUUUGGAAUGGCUACAAAAUAAACAAAUUUUGUUUAUAACUAAUCAGGGCUUUGAAAUGCGUCAAGUCAGCAUGGAAAAACGAUCUGCCAAACUUCUGAGAUCACACAAUAUUUCGAUGUACUGGUAUUUAUAUCACCCUUAUUCACAGUUGCUUAUCGCGUCUUCUGGGGUUGGUGGUGCUUUGCUGACUCCGUUUAUCAUUCAGACUGGAAGCAUACAACAAUUAGCAAAGUGUGAAGUAGAUUUUGGUCAUUCUAAUGUUAAACCGCGAUUGUUGGAACGAGAAGUAUUUAUUAUAUCCAUUUACUGCAUAUUGUACAUAGCAGUGUUGCGUAGCAGUACUCGUGGUUCGAUCAGUUCUGACAUUGUUUUGUAUAAAAUAAAUGUGGAUGUAACAGAACCACCGCGAUUGGCACACAUUUUAUGUCUUGAUUUAGUGGGCGCAUUUGCGUUGCAUGUAUUGAAUAAUGUGAUUGUUGUACAUCAUCAAAGCUCAAAAACAUCUCUGAUUUUCGAUAUUGGUUUAGACGACACAGAACAGUUCAGUUGUGUCUCUCAUCAUCCUCUUUUCAAAGCUUCAUUGGAUUGUUCAGUUUCCUUGCAGACCAAAUUCAAUCAUCAAUUUCCGUUGUAUAGUCCCUCCUGGGUUACUUUUCAGCCUAAUUUCAUUGCAGAUGCUCACAUUGGUAUCUUCACAUCUGUUAAAUUGAAUCUCAGGGAAGCGGAAAAUUAUAUCAGUGAUAAAUAUCAAUAUUUGCGUUUCCUGUAUAAUCGAGGUGUAACUAAGGCUACAUUUUUGGAAAAUUUAAAGCCUCUGAUGGCUUCAAACAAGCUGAAGCUAAAGCAAAUAGCACACAUUUUUACCUGGAUUGCGAAAGGAAUUGUCAAACGUUCACAUCCAGUACUGAAGCAUAGUAGUAGUGGUGGGAAAUGUGCUCUGUUAGCUGAACCGUAUGAAGAAAUUAUAAUUGAACAAGAUGAUGUUGUUGGUAAUUUGUUCUUGUUACCAGAUGAUUAUUCACGAGUACAGAAGCAACGCUUUCUACAAUAUAUGUUGCAGUAUCUCACAGUUUUGCAGGAAAAUAAGAUAGAAGCUCAGCCCUAUUUCUUGCAUGAAGUCUUAAUACCUACUACGAUUUCGACAGGUCAAUUAGAAAGACUUCAUCAGCUUCUCUUGUACCGCGUUAUUCCAGACUCCAAACAACUUGCGUUCCAGCUUCUAUCGCAUGAAGCAAAAUACCCACCGCUAGUGCAGCUGGCUCUAGAUAUGCUUUCUAGGCUUGGUACCGCUUCUGAAGAGAUAGUCGAAGUUUUAAUAGCCAGAAACCUAGCUGUUGAAGCCAUAAGAUUUCUGGAAAGCGUACAACUAGUGGACAAAAUAAAUUGCCUAAAACUCAUCGAAAAUGCAUGGAAGGAGGACCGCAUAGUCCGUUAUGCUGUAUUUUCAUAUUUUCUAGAACGAGGACCGAAAUCUCGAAAUACUGCUAACUCUCAACAAUUCGAUGAAUUUUUGAAGAAAUUUGAAGCAUUAUUCAAAGAUAAUGAUGCUGAGACCACUAUAAAAGGACUUGAAACCAGUAAUAUUAAUCCAACUGAAUGA